UUUACAUUUCCGGCCUGAUUUUAAAAUAAUCGUGUCAUGAAUAUUGUAGUCAUCUUUUUGGCAAUCUCCUUACCAAGUGUAGUUAUCGGGAAUAAAGAGCAUGUAUCCUUGAUUUUCGUGGGAGAUAUUUAUUUCGCUGGCCCGGUCAAAUAUUACGUGGAGCGUAAGCGUUACACAUACAAUGACUCUUUCAAUGAAGUGGCUCCAUAUAUCAGAGAUGCUGAUAUAUCUGUGUGUAAUUUGGAAUCUCCAUUCGUCAACGGAGAUGUUUAUACCCACAUGUUCAGAGGUGAAAAGACAGUUUUACUCAGUGCUAACAAGGAUGCUGCAUCAUCGCUGAGUUUUGCAGGAUUUAAUGCUGUAACUCUCGCCAAUAAUCAUUUAAACGAUUUUGGAGCCGAAGGAGCCAAUUUUACUGCGGAAGUACUUAAAGAGACAGGAAUACCAUACUUUGGGAUAAGUUUUGGCGACUAUCUUUCCUCUCAGGAACCACUCAUUAUGAAAAGGAAAGGAAUCACUUUUGGAUUUCUCGGUUACUGCGACAUGCGAUCGCCUCUUAAGAAUUGCUCUCAAAUGAGAAUGUUGUUUACUUCUGGUCCUGCCAUUUAUCGAGAUGACGUUGCCACAAGGGACGUUAACAAGUUAAAGGCUAAAGUUGACAUCAUAGUUGUAUUCAUGCAUUAUGGAAUGGAAACGGGAUUAAGACCACUCCCCUACCAGAUUGAUAUCAACAAACACCUGCUGUCUCUCGGCGUGGAUAUAAUCAUUGGAGCCCAUCCGCACGUGGUACAGGGACAUUGUGUCAAACAUAACAAGCUUAUUGAAGACAGCUUGGGGAAUUUCCUAUUUCAUCCGUGUCCUUAUAGACGGGGAAGCAAUCCAAUUGUGUAUGGAGGUUUUGGCAAAAAGCCGAGUGAAGUUGAUAUUGAGUCCUACGAGCAUUACGCCUUUGGAAAUAGCAACGACUUAAGAAUUUCCCGGAUGCUCAAAGUCAACGUUUCAAGGAAAGGUGUGGUUAAUGCAAAGUAUUUGCCUCUUAGAAUCAAAUUUAAUCACAAAACCAAAAGACUUCACCCUGAGCCUGAAAAGAAUGCUCAAUGGAUUGAAGUCUGUGGAGCUGAGGACGAUAAAUGCCAAUGUCGCAACGAGAUCAUUGCGACCAGAAAAGUAGCUAGCAAGCGCCUUAUAUAUAAUUAGUUAAUUACUCAUAGGGUUAUAUUUCUUCCCUAUGAAAGGAGAGAGGUUGCAUUGUCAAGGUCGAUGACAAAGAACAUAGAGAAUUUAACUAUACUUUAUUGCAUAAAAUGUGGUGUUUUACAAGGUGUUUAACGAGGACUUAGAAAAAACCAUUAUUGUAAAAUAGCUCUAAUUAUUUACGCGUGUUUGAUAUAGCUAGUAAACUGCCGACACUU